AUGAAGGCAACUGGUGUGACGCUAGUUGGGAAUAAACCUUCAAAUCUCAUUCAGACUCAAGACCUCAAACUGGUUAUUAGCUCUCCCAGAACAAGAGCAAUACAUACUCGCGAUCUCUUGCUAGAGUCUUUAUCUUCGGAUGAAAAAGCACAUAUCCAAUUUGAUAUCGACAAUGAUAUCAGGGAAUGGGAUUACGGUGACUAUGAAGGUUUGAAGACAAGCGAAAUACUUGAAUUGAGGAAAAGUCGAGGUCUUGGACCUGAUUGGGACAUUUGGUCUAAAGGUUGUGAGAACGGAGAAGACUAUAUGCAGGUUACAAGCAGGGUGGACGCCGUGAUAGAUCGGAUUCGUGCAGUGCAUAAAAAGGCUUUAGAAGCAGGUCAAGCUUGUGAUGUGCUUGUUGUCGGCCAUGGCCAUAUUCUGAGGUGCUUUGCCGCUAGAUGGUUGGGAAGAGAAAUCAACCAAAAUCCUCAGCUAAUUUUAGAUGCUGGGGGAGUAGGAGUUUUGAGUUACCAACACAACAACAUCAGCGAGCCUGCCUUGUCACUCUCUGGGGCUUUCGUUGUCAAUGAGGAGACGUAA